AUGGCUGAUUCGGUCGAUCUCUCGUUUGCAACGCGUCCCGGAAAUAUCGAUGCCGUAGGAGACCUGAUUCAGGAGUUAUCCACUCUCCAAAGAGAUCUUAAUCAUGGAGACGAGAACAUCCGGCAGACGAUGCUUGUCAAAGCUCGGACCCUCGUCCACUCUCUUCAGACACCCCGCGAGAUCAUGGUACAGCAUACAUGGGCUGACCCCGGAUUAAAUGCAGUACUCAUCACUGGAGUUGACAUAGGACUCUGGAAGCUCAUGGUUAAGAACGGUGCUGAUACGGCACAAAAGGCGGAAGACCUUGCGAGAUCUCUAGGCAUAGAUUCCAUUUUACUAGGGCGUCUCUUACGCCAUGCUGCCGCCAUGGGACACCUUGAAGAAGUCGCGCAAGACGAGUACAAACUUUCGAGUUUCACCAAGUCAUUGAGUCUCGAUGUCAUUGGUGAUGGUUAUCUUGCUCUACUCGGCGGGAUUGGUCGCAGCCCAAUCGAGUUUUACAAGUUUCUCCGGCAGACCAAGUGGAAGAACCCAACUGAUGCGACUCACACUGCCAUGCACGUGUCUUAUAACACAAAACUGCCGAACUGCUUCGAGUAUUUGCGGUCUAUUGGACUUGGCCCUCAAACAAAUAAUCAUAUGGGCGGCUACAGACAAGGUCGAUUGCCCUGGAUGCAUGCAUCGAUCUAUCCUGUUGAGGAAACCCUUUUCCCAAAAUUGGACGAAGAGCCUGAUGCCCCGCUACUAGUCGAUGUUGCAGGAGGCCUUGGUCACGAUAUACACGAGUUCAAGAAGUUUUAUCCCAAUCACCCGGGAAAAUUGAUUCUUCAGGACCUUCCAGUCGUGAUCAACGACGUGAAGGAUAUCGAUCCCUCGAUAGAAUUGAUGCCGCAUGAUUUCCUGACCGAGCAACCUGUCAAGGGUGCUAGAGCAUACUUCAUGCACUCGAUUCUCCACGAUUGGCCAGACGACAUAUGUCAAAAAAUCUUGGCUCGUCUAGCAGAAGCCAUGAAGCCUGGUUACAGCAAACUUCUUAUCUUCGAGUGUGUUAUUCCACGCACAGGAGCCUACUGGGAGGCUACAGCUGGUGAUAUUCUCAUGAUGACGCAGCUUUCAGCUCUCGAGCGUACAGAGGAUAAUUGGUACCAGCUGAUUGAGGGAAGCGGGCUGAACCUCAAGAUCGUCAAGUUUUGGAAGUGUGGAGUUGCUAGUGUUGAGAACCUUAUUGAAUGUGAGCUUGUAUAG